AGUAUACUCACGUAAAGUAUACAUCAUGUACAGAUUAAUACCGGGAAAUAUCGCGCGAUUAUUUUACUAAUUCGUGCGCGAAUCGUAAUUAACUGUCCUUGCGAGUGAGUAUUAUGUCUUGAAGAAGCAGUUGAAUAGAUGAACAAGAAAGAAGAAGCAGGCUCAAGAAGAGGCGAUCUAUAAUUUAUUUUUAGAUCACGUGGUGUUUUUACAGCUUCACUGUUGCACAUCGUAUCGAUUUUGAUGAGAGCGACGACGGUGUGACGCGAUCGGCUCGUCACCAGCUAUCAGGAUUUCUUCAGGAAAUUCGCCGAAACAAAUUUCCGUUCACUAAUGAGAUACAAUAUACAGUAUAUCUUGAGAAUUUGAAACGGAGCACACACUAUAAUCAUGAUGCACGAAUAUUUAGAUACGAUGCGAAUGCCUAAAAUUAUCUGCGUUUGUUUGACGCUACGAGCUACGAGUACUGCAAGUGGUUGAUUGACCAAUCAGAAUAAAGAGAUCUUUGCUCCGAUUGGUCUAACGCUUUCAGCAGUUACAACGUCAAGGAGAUGAAAGCAACUGUAGUGCAACUUCAUGUGACUUUAUAUUCCAAGGUGCUGAUAGCUCGCUCCAGCUGAUAUGCCGAGUGUACACAAAGGCACGCGGUCAGUAAUCGAGAUUCAGCAACGUUAUAAAAAUAUGAACGUGUUACAGUAGAAAAUAAAUAUUAUUAAUAUAAUAAUUUUUGAAGUAAACUUAUGAAGUAUUGAUUAACGUAUUUAAGUGAACUUUCAAAAUAAGAAUGUUGCUCAGCACAGUGCAGUUAUCGAUCAGAUCGAUUUCCAGCGUAAAUUUUUUGAGAUCGAUCAAUCUAAGGCCAAAAUUAAAAUGCAAAUAUACUAGGUGGACUAAUCGGUCUCCUAUUGCGAUUGUCAAUGAACAUCAGCUUUUCGACGAAACAACUAAUGAUACAAAAACAAUAAAAACCAAAAUAUCUGAAAAAGCUUUUAAAACACAUAAGGAGAAAUCUAAAAUACAGAAAGGAAAAGAGAAGAAAAAAAAGGAGAUUGAAAAUAAAGUGGGAGAAGUUAUUACCACAGAACAAGGAUAUAAAUGCAUUAAAGCAGAUGAUAGGCUUGUAAGCUCUUUAAUGAUAGAUGUCAAAACAAGGAACAAGAGAGAAAAGAAUAAUAGUAUGUUGUUAGAAGGCUUUCGUUUGAUUAAAGAUGCAGUUGAAGCAGGGACAAAACCAAAAGCCAUAUUCUUCAAUAGAAUAUCUGAAAUAUUACCAUUGUCACUGUCCAAGGAAGUAAAAUUGUAUAAAGUUCCAUAUCGUACAAUUCAGUUGUGGUCUAACUUAACAACUUCUCCUGGAAUAAUUGGAAUCUUUGAAAUCCCAGAUGUGACUGCCAAGCAAUCUGCUGAUGAUGCUAUACCUCUGACUAUUAUCUGUGAUAAUAUUAGAGAACCUGGGAAUUUAGGAACUAUUGUUAGAGCUGCUGCCGCAGUUGGUUGCGAAAAGCUGCUGUUAAUGAAAGGAUGUACAGAUUUGUGGGAUACCAAAGUAUUGCGUAGUGCUGUUGGUGCACAUUUUCGCAUACCAAUACAUACAUCUGUUUUGUGGGAUGAAAUUCCAACGUUAAUAAGCAACGAAUCGAUGAUAUUCCUAGCAGACAACAAUAUAGCAUAUGAAAAUAAGUUACAAGAUAAUAAGGUUAAUCCAGAAUCAAAUGUAAGUACUUUCAUUGAAGCUGAUGAUAAUAAUGUGAAACAAGAUAAUUACGAUACCAACAGUAAUCAAAUCUUUGAAAACGAUAAACCAAUAGAGGACGCGGUAGAGGAAUUGGUAGAUCAAACUAAAUCGCACAAACCAACUGCAAAAACUAAAUCACUAGUAAAAAAGUUAAUAUCUCAACUUCCAGUUGAAUCUUAUUACACAUUAGAUUUUACAAAGAAAGAAAUAGUACUUGUAAUUGGUGGGGAAACUGAGGGUGUAAGUCUCGAAUCGUGCAAAUUGCUCCACGCGAGAAAUUGCGUUCGUGUCAACGUACCGCUGACUAACGGCGUUGACAGUUUAAAUGUUGGUGUAGCUGUUGGUAUCGUUACAUUUGAAAUGAAAAGACAAUUUGUGACGAAAAAUAUAGAUGAUGAAUAAAAUUAUUUUUUUAUAUGAUAUACA